AGUGGCCUGUCGCCCUCCGGCCCCCACCAUGGAGCCCCCUCCCUCUCUGAGCUUGACUCUCCUGGGAGGCAGUGAGGACGAGGACCCGCGUUUCCCCCUCCCCCUGAGUGGAAUCUCCCACUCCUCCAUGACCGGCAACUACCCGGGAUCAAACCACUCCAACCACAGGGGGGGAUCCAGCCUGGACCGGCUGAAUGGGUCCCCCACUACGCCUAACAUGCCCAAAGCCUCCCUCCCCAAACUGCCUCUGUCCUCAGUGGGGGGUCAACCCCUGCCCCCACUCCCCAAUGCCCUUCACCCCACCAGCACCCCUCUGUCCUCGUGCCUGGGUUCCCAGCACAGCCUGAGGGAGACAACUCCCAGUCUACAACGCCCCUUUUACUCCUCACACUCCCCUUCCAUGGAGAGAGAGAGGGACAGGGAUAGAGAGAGGGACAGGGAUAGAGAGAGGGGAUGUAAGCACCGCCAGGCCAGCCCGCUGGUCCAUCGGAGAGACAGCAACCCUUUCACAGAGAUCGCCAUGAGCUCCUGUAAAUACACAGGCGGCGUGAUGAAACCUCUCAGUCGCCUCAGCGCCUCCAGGCGCAACCUCAUCGAAUCAGACAGCGGCAGCGACACCAAAGAGGGCGGGGCAGCACCUGUUACCGGCACAACUGCCAUUGGAGGGCGGGACCGGGACAGAGAGGCUCCACCCACUUCCUCAUCCUUGCCAUCCUCCAAUCAACCAACCCAGAAUCCUCCAGAGAUAGUGAUCUCAUCAAAAGAGGACUCGCCGUACGCGAGGGGUUAUGAUAUCACCGACUCAUCCUCCAAUCAGAUGUCAAUAUACCAUCAGAACCACGCCUUGGUGGGGAGUAGGGGAGGUUUAAGCAGUGCAGGGGGUACAGGAGGGGGGGUAGGGGGGAGCAGGCAGGGAGGUGUAGGAGUUGUUGGGGCUGUAGGGCCGAGGGGGAGCUGCUCCAAGGCUUCUAGUUCUAAACGUAAGAACCAGAACAUUGGUUAUAAACUGGGCCACCGGAGGGCGCUGUUCGAAAAGAGGAAGAGGCUGAGUGACUACGCACUCAUCUUCGGAAUGUUUGGCAUUGUCGUCAUGGUGAUCGAGACAGAGCUGUCCUGGGGCGUUUACAACAAGAGCUCCAUGUACUCUCUGGCCUUGAAGUGUCUGAUCAGUCUGUCUACAGUCAUACUGCUGGGCCUCAUCAUAGCCUAUCAUGCACGAGAAGUCCAGCUCUUCGUCAUUGACAACGGAGCGGACGACUGGCGCAUCGCCAUGACGUUGAAUCGGGUGUUGCUGAUAUCGUUGGAGCUACUGGUGUCGGCGGUGCAUCCGGUGCCCGGGGACUUUAAGUUCCAGUGGCGGGCACGUCUGGCGUUCUCUUACGCCCCGUCCCAGGCUGAGGCUGACCUGGACAUGGUGCUGAGUGUUCCCAUGUUCCUCCGCCUCUACCUCAUCGCCCGCGUCAUGCUGCUGCACAGCAAACUGUUCACUGAUGCCUCCUCACGGAGCAUAGGGGCCCUCAAUAAGGUGCACUUUAACACAAGGUUUGUGAUGAAGACUCUGAUGACCAUCUGUCCAGGCACUGUUCUCCUGGUCUUCAGCAUCUCACUGUGGAUCAUCGCUGCCUGGACCGUACGAGUGUGUGAGAGGUAUCAUGACGCCCAGGAUGUGACCAGUAACUUCCUGGGGGCGAUGUGGCUCAUCUCUAUCACCUUCCUGUCUAUUGGCUACGGAGACAUGGUGCCUCACACGUACUGUGGCAAAGGAGUCUGUUUACUAACCGGCAUCAUGGGUGCGGGCUGUACAGCUCUGGUGGUUGCCGUGGUAGCAAGGAAGCUGGAGUUGACCAAGGCGGAGAAACACGUCCACAACUUCAUGAUGGACACACAACUCACCAAGAGGAUAAAAAAUGCUGCGGCCAACGUUCUGAGGGAGACUUGGCUCAUCUACAAACACACCAAACUACAGAAGAAGAUUGACCACUCCAGAGUCCGCAAACACCAGAGGAAGUUCCUGCAGGCCAUCCACCAACUGCGUAGUGUGAAGAUGGAGCAGAGGAAACUGAGUGAUCAGGCCAACACUCUGGUGGACCUCUCAAAGAUGCAAAGUGUGAUGUACGAGCUGAUGUCGGAGCUGAACGAUCGCAGUGAGGACCUGGAGCGGCAGAUGCUGUCUCUGGAAACGCGGGUGGAACAGCUGACCGCCGGCUUCAGUGCCCUGCCUGCCCACCUGUCUGCCACGCUGUCUGCCCAGCACACCACCUUGCUCCACCUGCUCCGAGAGAGGGACUACAGAGGAGGAGGAUGGGGAGGUGCAGGUGGAGGAGGGACAGCCCUGGUCCCUGUUGCUCAGCUGGCCCCUGCCCAUGCCCUGACCCCAAGCCCAACCCUGGCCCCAGAGCCACAGCAGCCCCCAGAAAGAACCAUAGAGGGUAGCACUAGUCCCAAUACUAGCACCUCCAGUUGUUGAAGAGAGGAGGAGGAGAGGAUGAGAAGUGGAAAGAAGAGGUGAGGGUAGAGGAGGAGAUAGAUAGCCAGUAGGAAUACGGGAUGCGGAGGUCAGUCCUAAUACUAGCAACUUCAGAUGCU